AUGAACACUACUAUUUUAACUUCGAAAGAUUAUGUAGCUGAUAGUAUUAAUUUCCCGGUCUGGACUGGGUUUCAUCCUGGAAAAAUAGCAGAAGCAGUAAAUUCAGUACAAAAAUUGGAAAUUGAUAAUGU